AUGUGCCCGCUGUGGAAGAACCCCAUAUCGAAAUUGACAAAUGUUAUCUCAAUUAAAAACUUGUGUGCAGAGCAGGAAAAUCCGUUUUUGUUGCAAAUUAGGGACUACGAAACGUCCGAAAAAAAGCGACUGUGUUCAUUUUAUGGCCCCCUCCAAAUUUGCAAAUCAGGAAAUAUGAGACCUUUCUUCGAUUCCGACAUUGUGGUCAAUUUUACCCUUUCGGAAGAAGCAGUACAAAAUGAGAAGAAAAUUAUUGAAAGCAAUCGGCGCGUUUUGCGCGAGUGCCAGAAGGAGAAACUGAUAAGUGAGGGGAAAAAGAACUGGGAUAAGUUUUACCAUCAUUACAAAACCAAUUUUUUUAAAGAUAGGAAGUGGAUAAGAAUCGAGUUCGACCACAUCUUCAGGGGAGAGACGUCCAUAGAUGAUGAGCAGACUGGGGAUGCCAUGCAAGACGGUGGGGAAGGCGCAACACAAGUGGAGAGUACGAAGGAGAAGAAGCUCGUACUCGAAAUCGGAUGCGGAGUCGGAAAUACGUUAAUACCGCUACUAAUGCAGUACGAACAUUUAAACUGCGUCGGGAUAGACUUUUCGAAAAAUGCAAUAAAUCUGCUGAAUGAGAAGUGGAACCGGGUGGUCAGUUUGAAUGAGCAGUUGAAGGGAGCGGCGAGCGAAGGGACAAGUAAUGGGUGCGGCAACGAGGUAUGCAAAGAGGAAAACAACGGGUGCGGCAACGAGGUAGGCAAGGAGGCAAACAGCAGGGGAGGUAACGAGGUGGGCAAAGAGGAAAACAACGGGUGUGGUAACGAGGUAGGCAAAGAGGCAAACAACAGGGGCGGUAACGAGGCAAACAACAGGGGCGGCAACGAGGCAAACAACAGGGGCGGCAACGAGGCAAAGAGGAAACGGAGAACAACCGGACGAAUGCCGCUGAAGUGA